AUGAAUUUAAACCAAGAUUUCUCAAUUGAAACACCUCAAGGAACUGACCGUGCUUUUUCUGAAGAAAAAUCCCAGGUCUCAGAAAAUGCUCGUCAGCUGAGAAAUCAUAAACAGAUAGCUACAUCGGCAAGGUCAAUAAAUAUUUUGCAUGCUGCCAUCAUUUUAGCAGUAUUUUUUAUAUAGAUUGUCGCUGUUCUAGGCACAAAUAUUGCAGUUCUAUUUUAUACCUUCUCUAAUAUAAAUUUUAUACGAAAUAUGGACAUCCCUAUCUCCCUUGGGAAAAUAGGGAAUAAAAUCCAUAAUGUUGGCUUUGCUACUCAUAUUCUUUGGGCGCUUACACCUAUAGCAACUUCUGAAGUUGAGCAAAUAUUAAAAGUAGGGUGAUAUAAAAUUAUCAAUUAUAUGAUUGAAUUAAAAGGUCUAUAUCUUUAUGCUACUUCUCAUGUAGAAGAGUGAAAUUAUUGUUCUGGGAAAGAAAUAUUUAUGGAGGACAAUAUAAAGCUAUGGAAUUCUGAUAAGAAAAUAAACUUAUUAGAUAUGAUUUCAGAGUUUUUACAAACGGUAAAAAUUAUUUAG